UCGGUGUUACCCGCAAGCCACUGCUCCCAUCCCGCAACAUUUUCUCACUCCAAACACAGUCAUUUCGUCGAACACCUGAAGAACACUAUCAAAGCAACCUCUAUACUGAUGAAAGGCAACAAAUCCACUGCCCUAACCUUAGCUCAAAAAUGCAAGAAUAUUUUGGCGUCAAAUUGGCAUGGAAAUCUCAACACCAUUAAAGCUGAUUCACAAGGAAGCAAGCAGGAUAUAUAUUCUUCAAAAGUGAAGUAUUUGCUCAGGAAAGGGAAGCCCUAUAUUUGGGUUCCGGAAAAAGAUUUGCAUAAUGUGAACACUAUAAUCGACGAGCGUGCUUCCUUUGCGGUGGCCAGGCCUUACCCUGGGCCACUUGCAAAUGUACUUAGAUCCAUGAAAAAGCUUCCAGUUAGAAUCGCUUUAUCUGGUGAAAUUAUUCCUUUAGGAGAUGAGAAGGUAAGGUCGGCCACUGAAAGUCUCAGGAAAAUGGUAAUGUCUGAACAGAAGGAAAUAAUUGAGUCAAGUUAUGCGGUUUCUGGUAUAUUGAGUUCCUCAACAUUUGGCAACACAUCUCGAAGUGAGAACCUUGUGGAUCUUCUGGAUGAUAAUGAAAAUUAUGCAGUUUACAAGUUCAAUGCCAGCUCUUGCACGUUCAUUGAUGGGAAUAACGGCAGUCAUGAAGUGAAUCCAGAUGAAUUUGGAACAACAAAGCCUGAUAGAUUAUCUCCUUUUGCUGCAAAGUUAAUUGAUGGCAUCAAUCAGAGUGAGAUAAGGCGAAGAGCACUAGUGGUUUUAUGCUUUGCCUUACUAAAUGAGAAUGCAAAGGAUGCCUAUAUGCUGUCAGUUGAUCAUAAAGGUUUCGAUAUGUUGGCUAAAGUUCUCAGUGGCGGUGCUGAGUACCAAUGGAAGGAAUUCAGGAUCACGUUUGAAGAAGAGGCAGAGGAUGUUGAAUUAUUUUGUACAAAAUUAGUUCAAAUGGAAGAGGCUGCCCUUGAUAAAGUGAAAAGCUGCAGUGGUUUAGGAUAAAUUCUUAGAUUAACUUCCUUACUCUGAUGUCUGCUUCAUGAGGCCAUGCUUUAAACACAUAUCACGGCCUCACGGCGGGGGUGUUUGGAAUCCAGGGGCCUUAUAUAGGGGGUACUUUAGUGUUUUUUCGUGGUUUUGAAAUGGAAAAAAUUGAGUAUCCCCGUUAUAAAUUUGAUGUGUUUCCUGUUUCAUUCACCUGUUACGGAGUGUUACCUGUAUCGUAUGUUUCUGUAUUAUAUGGUUAGUGAAUAUGAGAUUAUGGUUCA